UGGUUGGCGGCGCUGCCGGAGGUCUCUCUUGCCGCCGGUGCCUCUCUAUGGUGGCAGCCCCGCAGCGGCGCGGCGCCCAGCGGACGGAGCCCCCCGCCCGGUACCCGCCGCGUACCCGCGCCGCGCCCGCGCCAUGGCGGCCCGCAGCUCCCCGCCGCCCUCGGCGGGCGCCUGAGCCGCAGCGGAGCCCAGGAGCCUACCCUAUAUUCAUAUCCUGGAUUUUGCACGCAUAAAGGACUACCUCUUUCUGACCUGGUUGUUAUCCUUGUUGACACCUUAGGAAAAUGCAAAUAGUGUGAUGGUCAAGUACAUCUUCAGCAUCUGAUACUUCCCGUUAUUCUUGGCUGUGAUGAAAUGAGGACACUCAUUCUGGCCAUCUGGUGAUAAUAUUCCACAUUUCUUCAGGGAUGUCUUGGGUUGCAGAUCAAUGGAAAAAGCAAGCAGUAGUAGAGAAAUUGCUCUUGCACUUUCUCAAAAGAACUAGUUACUGUGUUGUCUAGAGUUUCUCCAUCAUUGCAUCUUCAUUUUGGAAGUAAAUGUAAUUGUUUGUUAAAUAAGAUCAAUGAUCUUUCUUGUAUGCAGAAAGUAAGUUGCAAUAAUAACAAUUUGCCGUGCACAUUUUCAUUUUGAAUGGCCAUUAUAGUUUUCACAUUGCUAUGUAUUUAUUUAUAAAUAUGAAAUGAGAUACUAAUAUUUAAAUGUCCUAUAAUAUAUCUUCACUCUGGCUAUAAGAAAGAUCAUCAGAUUUGUUUUUUCUUCAAAGAAAUACGCGUGUUAGGUUUUGUCAUUCUUCAAAUUAUACAGUUUCAGCUCUUCCUUUUUUAUUUUUCUUUUCUAUCUAGCAACAAAAGCCACAACUCUCUAAUAUAUAUAUAAUACAUAUUGUUUUAAAAAAUCCUGUUUCCUUUUAACAGUAUCAGCACUUUUUUUUUUCUAGGACUAGUUGUCCUAGAUGUUGGUUAUAUUAAAAAUACUAAAUAUAUAUAAAAGGGACAAAAGUCACACAACAUUAAAGAAAAAUAAAUUCCCUUAAUCCUAGGUACUAUCUACUUUUUACCAGUCUUUAAAAUUAAAAGUUGCUAAAUUUCUUCUUUAAAAGGAUGGCGAUUCCACAUCUCUUGACAGCUGGCUUGGUUGUUCAUAUGGCAACCAUUUCUAGGCUGAGCAACUGUUACCACAUGCAGUGCUGUUCCUUCCCCUCUAAAACUCUUACCUUUCUAGGUUCUCUUAUUUGCAUACACUGUGUGUGUGUGUGUUGUGCGCAAAAGAAAAAUACACGUUUGUAAUUGAUUAGUGUCUGGUAGGGUGUAAUGAAUCCUCCUGUGCCUUUAACACCUGUUACAUUAUCUCAGGAAUAUCUGUGAGAUAUUUCUGAGAUCAGUAAAUGAAGUACUACGCAAUAUAUUCAGUAAGCGUUCACAAAAACCAUUAGCUUUCCAGGAUAGAGGAGCUGAGUGUCAGUAUGAGGGUGGUUUUUUUUCAUUUGUGCCCUUUUCAAAUUUUGGCUUCUUCCUUUUUUUUUUUUUCAGUGUUCAGUCCCAACAGUUUUGUUUAAGGUAGUGUUUCCUUAGUAAGGGCUGAUGGAAGAAAGUCACUGUAUGCACGUACAAAAAUGAGCAACUAAAAGAGUUGUUGAAAUUAUAUGAACUACAUGAAAGAAAACACUGAAGAACAUGGACUUUUUAAAAUUGAAAUUGAUUUACUUCAAGUAGAACUGAGUGCCAGGGUAUUUCUGUAACACACGUACUGUCUGUAUUCAAACAAACCUAACUAAUUUUUUCAAUUCAGACUUCCUUUUAGCCACUUGGCAAAUAUUUUCCAUCCUAUUUUUAUUUGUACUAUAAUCACCAUGAUUUUAUAUGCCAGUUGCAUUAAUCUGUGUGGCAAUUGAAAUUGAAGCACUUCCAUUUAUCAUUUCUUUUUAAUUCAGGUCUGCACAAUUCUGCUUAGUGUUGGCUUUUAUGUCAACUUUGGACAAAUAGAGAAGGGAGGAAGGAUAUGCCUGGCAAGAAGCAAACUUUUUUCUUCGUAUGUUUUUGCAUAUGGUUCGUUUCAAUGGCAAAACAGUAAAUAGAAUAACUGCAUGAGAAUGGUCUUUUAAAUAUAGCUCAAAUCACUAGUGGGCUUAAUUCCAGUUUUGUUUAUAAAUAAGUGUUACUAGUUGCAUUUUUUAGGCAGAGCUCAAGUUCGUUCUCACUGGAUUUAGCUGUGCUUCUGUAACUUCCUGGUGCCUUGGCAGCAUCAAAAGGAUUAACAGCAAUAUUGAAAACAUGGAGGGGAGGGGGGCAGCAGGGGGUAAAAAUCCUGUUAAAAUAUCAAGUGCAAGACUAUUCUAAAUUCUUUGAACUAGCUCUUUUUGGAUUUUCAUCCUCUGAGUCACAAGGGUUGUGGAAAGGAGUAGAUUUAAAGGCUACUUUUAUUUGGAGAAGUACUGAAUUUCAGACUGUAAACAAAAGUUGAUCAGCAUGAGCUGCAAGGGCUCUCCAGCCUCUCAGCUAGAGAGGGACUAUCAUUAUAGCCACAUAUAUUAUGUUGAAAGGAAAUGACUUAAUAUUUUCUAUCAAAAAGUUAGCUUCCUCUAUAUAAAAUGUCACUUGUCAAAAGCAUCUUUUCCUCGUUUUGCACGAUCUAAUAGGAAACACCUUGUUCAAAUGCAUUCAGUUCUCUGUUUUCCAUGUGUUAGCUGUUGAAAGGAUAAGCUGUUGUCUACUGAUAGGAGCAAAAGAGUAGUGGUAGGACAUCCUGGUUUUUAAUUAUUGCUGUUAAAACUAAUUCCUCAUUGGCUUUGGGCAAUUCGCUUUAUCCCGUUUUAUUUGAUGUGCCAUUUAAUCCUUGAGCUGGGAAGGGCAGCAACAGUUAGUAUUUCAUCUGCUGGGAUGAGUAAGAAUUAAACCUUUAAUGUGGUGUCUGGGAUUUUUUUCAACAAUUUAGAACAGUUACCAUCUAUAAAUUGUUGCUAUUGUAUUGGUGUCUGUAAAGAAUAUAUUCUGGUUCUGAUUCUUGCUGUCUGUCCUCCUGUUAACUUCUCAUUUCAUGUUUAACUCUCCUUGAAGGCAAGGAGCUAGAAUAAGGAGCAUACUUCUAAUGAACAGAUAGAUUCUGCAGAAUCUAUCUCCUCUUGAGAUCCCUUAUUUGUCUUACGCUUAAGGAAAGCCAUUUCUCUUGUUUGGUUGCCAGAGGAAGACACAACUUACGCCUUUCCCACUUUGUACAAUUCAUUAGUCUUCUAGACUGACUUUUUAAGGUGCGUGUAUGCUAAAGGACAGGCAGUACUUCUUAGCAGGACUGGUAUGGCUGGAAAUGGCUAACAAGUCCUUCGGGUAGCAAGCAGAAACUGCGUUGUCCUGAGUUUGCUUCUGCAUUGCCCGUCUGGCUGCGGCUCAUCACCUCCAUGUGCUUACGGGGAACUCCUAAAACAUCCUGCUUGGAGACCCCCGGGCACCUGGCACACCGUCAUCGUAACGCUCCCUUUCCAGUUUCCUUUACAGAGCACGUGUAGGUUGAAGUGGUAUCUGAGGGCAGGUGUAGCUGCCCGUGUCUCGCCGCUCCUGUAGAACCAGUAGAGCAGUACUUGGUGGAGUGACCCAGGAACACCUGAGUGGAGAAGUAAACUCGUGCUAGUAAGGGGCAGACUACCCAAGUGAUGUUUGUGCACUUCCUGGCACCUGUUAGCUUAGCAAAAUUGAUGUUGUGUUAAGGAUUGUGCUUUAGAAAUAAACUUUUCAGGAAUACUAGCAGAAAUAAUUUUAGGACAAGUAUAAAGGGCAGUCAUGGAGAGUGACUAAAGCCUGUGAGCCCUCUCUGAAGCAGUGAAAAAAGAGAAGUGGACAAUUAGGAAGAGUUAAUGCUGGAAACUCUCUGCUGGCUGUGUGCCCAACAGCUAGCCAGAAUAGAUGGCUAGCAGCAGUUGCAGUAGCUGGAGUGCAUGUGAGCACGGAUAGCUUCUGUGCUGACCUCUCCACCUCUACAGUCCUGUGCCCUUCCCUUUUGUUCCCUGCGAAAUGUACGAAUGGACAAAGAAGUUGAAGAAAAUCCUGGAAUUGACACCUUCUUUCCAUUUCCUUAGAUCAGCUCUGCAUACACAUUUGGCUUCAGAACAGUGUCUGAGUGAGUCCUUGGUGAAAGGAACAUAAGAGUCAUACCUUUUUCCCCCUCAGAAUUAGUGAAAUUGAUUUUUAAUAUGAACAUUUUAAUUAAGAAUUAUUUUGUGCCUUGUACAAAAAGUAGAUACAGGAGUUUUCGCUUCAUGAUGUGGCCUGUAUCUUAUUAAAGAUCCCACCACUCACAGCCAUAGAAUUGUAGGAUGGGUAAGGUUGAAAGGGACCUCUGGAGAUUUUCUAGUCCGUUCCCCACCCUGACUUAAAGCAAGGUCAGCUGGAGUGGGUUGCUCAGGACUGUGUCCAGUCGGGUUUUGAGCAUCUCCAAGGAUGGCAGCUCUACAACCUGUUCUGGGCAACCCCAUUCCAGUUUUCAAUUGCGCGUACAGGUGAAGCUUCUUUUUAUGUUUAAGAAGUGUUCCUUAUACGCAGCUUGUGUCCAUUGCCUCUCGUCCUUUCAUUAGAUACCACUGAGAAGAAACUGACUCGUCUUUACUUCCUCCUAUCACAUUUACAUAUGUUGAUGAAAUCUCCCCUGAGCCUUCAGGCCAAAGAGUCACAGCUCCCUCAGCCUCACCUCCUCUGCCGGAUGCUCCAGUCCCUUAAUCAUCUCUUUGGCCCUGUCCUGGAGCUGCUUCAGUACGUCCAUGUAUUUUUUCCAUAGAGCCCUGAACUGUACCCAGCACUCCAGAUUUGUCUUGCCAGCGCUGAGUAGGGAGGAAGGAUCACCUCCCUUGACCUGCUCAUCCUAAUGUGACCCAAGAUGCCAUUGGCAUUCUUUGUCAUGAAUGCACGUUGUUGGUUCAUGGUCUGUUGCUGCCCACCAGAAGCCCAGGUGCCAUUUCUGUAGGGCUGCUUUCCAGCGGGGUGGCCCUUGGUCUGGAUCAGCACAUGGGGCUGUUCCUUCCCAGGUGCAGGACUUUCCUUUUUUUUUUUUUUUUCCCUUUGUCAAACUGCACGUAGUUCCUGUCAGUCCAUUUCCUCCAGCCUGUUGAGGUCCCUGUGAAUGGCAGCACAACCCUCUGGCGUAUCAUCCACAAACUUACCACGAGUUGACUUGUCACCCAGGUCGUUAAUGAGGUUAAUGAAUAGUACUUAAUGAAUAGUCAUUAAUGACUAGUACUGGGCUCACUGUCAACUCCUGAGGAUACACCACUCAUGACAGGCCUCCAGCUGAACUUUAUUUGGCUGAUCACAGCCCUCUGGGCUCAGCCAUCCAGCCCGUGUUCAGUUCACCUCACUGUCUGUUCAUGUAGCCCGUACUUUGAAUGCUUGUCUAUAAGGGAGUUAUGGGAGACAGUGUCAAAAGCCUUACUAAAGUCAAGGUAAACACCAUACACCGUUCUCCCCUCAGCCACUGAACCAGUCAUGUCAUUGCAGAAGGCUAGUAAGUUGGUUAAGUGCUAUUUACCCGUCAUAAAUCCAUACUGAGUACUCUCAAUGACCUUCUUGUCCUUCACGUGUUUGAAAAUGGUUUCCGGGAUUACUUGCUACGUCAUCUUCCAGGGAUUGAGGUGAGAGCAAGCAGCCUGUAGCUCUGUGAAUCCUCCUCCUAGUCCUUCUCUAAGAUGAGUGAAAUUUUCUUUCUUCUAGUCCUUUUAGCAACUGUAAAGGUUGCAUAAGAAUGCUUAUCCUCUAAGGUAUCUUUUCAUUUUUCUGCAAUUUGAAUUAUUCUAGCACGUAAAAUGAAAUGGUAUCUUGCAUAUCUAGUAAGCAUACAUUUCAGUUAUAUCAGUUGUGUAUAUACUGGGGAAGAAAACCGAGGAAAGUUUGGUGAAACAGGUUUCCUAAAAUGCCUUUUCCUUUGAAGGAAAGGAUAGGAAGCUGCCUUAGGAAGCUUGUCAAAGCUCUUCUGUAAUAUAAGAGUGCUUGCCAUUUUUUGGAUUUCUUAUUUAAAAUAUGUGAGAUUAAUCUAAUUAGAUGUAUGUAAUGGAAUUAUAUUUCAUUUAUAUAGUUGCUAAGUUAAACCAGCAGUAGUGCUGUGCUUCCAAAAGCUGAGGAAAGCACCAAACGCAAUUACAGUUCUCUGUUAGGUUCCACAUAACUCUGCUACUAAGAGUUAUCCUUUUUUCCUGUAAGUAUGUGCCUAAUUGCAGCAUUGAUUAGAGCUGCAUGUUCACUAAAAGGGAAAAUUGACCCCCGUUGAGAGUAGGUGGUGGAUUAGGUUUUUUUAUUAACAAACCAUCUGCUUGUGUGUGUACUGAAGACAUGUUGAAUGUUCUCUUGAAAAUAAAGUGACAAUUUGAGUCAAUAAACAGGUUUUACUUUCAUCUAAUUCUUGUACCAUGGCAAACAUGCAGAUACUGUGACUGACAGAAAUGAAAGUUCUGCUUCCAUUCCUUCCUGUCUUGUUUUGUGUGGUGGUUUUUUUUUUUCAGGCGAACUAUGAUCUUACACAAUAAGAAUACUUUUAUUUUAGCCAUGGAUUUAAACAGAGGUGGUGGUUUUUGUUUAUCUUUGUGUUUUCCUUGUUGCCUCAGUUAUAACACCAUGAGCACUGUUGUGAAGAUCAGCUAUGCUACUGGUCAUUUAACUGGAACCAACUGUAACUGGAUAAAAAUACAAGUUCACAGAUAGCUUUUAGUCUAAAAAUAUCUGGAGGGGAAUUAAGUGGUUCAACAAGUAACGCUCUAAUGGAUGACAGAGAAUUUCCACCAAACGAUCUACAAAUAGACUCCAAAGACAAUCUUCAAGAUGACUAUAGGGUGGAAAGUUUGGCUUCGUAUUUGGUUUCUUCACCUGAUGAAAAUGAAAAUCAACUUGACAAUGAUGGGAAUGAGGUUCUGACCAGUAGUAGAACUGCUAUGGGAAGACAGGAUAAAGGUGAGCAGGACAGCAUCAACAAUAAUGAGAAUAUGAACAGUGGAGGCUGUACCCCAAGCUGUAAGGAAAGUGAGACUGAAAGGACAUCUGUAAAAGCCCAUAUGGACCCCCAGCUGGAGGAAAAGCCUGUUAUAGAAAAGCAGCAAGGUGGAAAAAGAAGUCCAAGAAGCAAAAGAAGCUCCGGAAAAAAAUCUAAAGGAGUUCCUUCAGUGGGAACCACAGCAAUCAAGGAGGAAAAUACUCUUGUUACACAUACAGAUUCAGUGCAUGCUGAAGGUGCUGUUGAAGCAAGUGAAAAUUCUCACCAAAAAGAACAAAACCAAACAUUGCAGUCCCUUUUCUCUUUGCUCCGUGAAGAGGUUGAGCAGAUGGAUUCAAAGAUACUGCCCCUGUGUCUGCAUCAGAUAGCUGAGACCUAUUUUCAAGAGGAGGAAUAUGAGAAGGCAAUGAAGUUCAUUCAGCUUGAACGAUUGUAUCAUGAGCAGCUACUUGCUAAUCUUUCUUCCAUACAGGAACAGUGGGAAAGAAAAUGGAAAACAGCAGUUUCUAGUCCAGUUAGAACGCUGAGGAAUUCAGCUAAAGAACUGAGUAGUGAAGAGCUGGAAAAGCUUACUAAAGUUUGUUCUUCGCAUCAACAGCCACAGGCACCCAAAAAUAAGCCAGUAGCUGCAGAAAUUACGUGGGAAAGCGGUUGCUUGCUCCAGUUAAUGGGAUCAGAGGAUUCAAAGAAAAGAGAAGCUGCUGCUUUUAAAUCAGGUACUGAAACUUGUCCUGGCAUUGGACCAAAGAAAGAAGAUAAACAGCUGAGCUCUCGUCCUCCAGGUGAAAACAAAACUGAGAGACAGACCGAGACAGCAAGCCUUUUGGUAGCAGCAGGAAAGGACCACAUGGAGGAGCAGCACUGCAGUGCUGAAUCAACAUUGGAGCCACACACCCAGUCCACAGGGACAGUGGGCAGGCCUUCUUCGGGCUGUUUAUCAUCAGGGGAUGCCGGUAAAGAUAACAGUUUGCAGCUGAGAGAAAGGCAGCUCUCUAAGGAUGCAGAAAAAAUAAAAGAGACAGCUGGGGAGCCUGGAGUGAAAAUCUCUUCUGGGCCAAUGGUAGAUGCUGUGGUUUUAACAGAUGCUGAUUAUAUGCCUACUGAUUCGGUUUCUACUGAUAAAGAUGUACAAGCUGAUAAAAAUCUUCUCAGAUCAAAACAUGUUGCUAGCUCUUCAGAAAUUGCUAGUGGCCAGCUCGGAAAUAGUGAUUUAAACCAGCAACAGAAUCAGCCUGAUGAUGAUGACGAAAAAUCUCCCCAGGACAGAAUUGCAUCGAACGUGUGCUCUGGAAGUCAUAAAGUGUCUGAGCAUGAGAGUACUGCCCUUUUACGAGUAUGCAAGGAAAUGCAGAGAGCAGCAGGACAGGAGGAGAAGGUAAAAAAUGAAGAACAAGAAGAUUUUCUUCUUAGACUUUUAAAUGGUAACAUAAUAGACGCUGAAGAAUCGUUUGCAAGCUUAGCAAACCAAGAGGAUUUUGACACUGUUCCAGAUAUUUCACCUGAACGAGCAUCUUACAACUCACUGGAAGCUUUAUCACUAGAUGACAGCUUUUCUUCUCUUGAUGAACUUGCAAGAAGGAUAGAGAUUGCAGAGAUUGCCCCAGCAGAAGGAUUGGUGUCCAUACUGAAGAAAAGAGAUGACAGGGAAGGAAAAGCAAUUGCUCAAGUCCAGCAAAGGCAAACAAAGAGAAGAGUCCGAUUCCAAGAAAUGGAUGACACUUUUGAUCAAGAUGAAGUAGCUGGUGGCUCCUGUAUUUUGCUGAUCCUGCUGUGCAUAGCAACUGUUUUCCUUAGCAUUGGAGGAACUGCACUGUACUGCAGCUUCGGUGACAUGGAAUCCCCGGUGUGUACAGAUUUUGCAGCCAACAUGGAUUUCUAUUAUACCCAGAUAUUGCAGCGUGUGGAAGAACUUAAACGCUGGAUAGCCUUCUCCUAGUUGAAAUGAGCAGAGACGGCACAUUGAGAGCUUACCACUGAUCAUUGGUAGAAAAAAAAAAACUGAUUUCAAGUUCUUGGUAACACUUGCCACCUGCAGGUGUAUGUGAUGAUGUACUUACACUUUUACUUAGAAAUUGAGAAAAAUCCUAGUUUAGCAUUCAGGUGGCAAAAUGUUCACAUCUUAAGCUGUAGCAGCGUGGUAUGGGAGAACAAAAAGUCAUUCUCUUCACCCUUUUAAGAUUACACAAGCAGCUUUUCAAUAACUUGAGCAAGUGAAGAAGAAAGAAGAAAAUUAACUGUCUUCUAUAUACUCUCUCAUUGCCACACCUUGUGUAAGCAAUCUCUGGAAGCUUAGUUAAAGGACAGCUUUGAUUUACAGCUGUUUGUGCAAAGCUGUUGCCUCCAGCUAUCAUGCAAUAAGUCUGUGUUUUACGAAAACAUUAUUUUUCUUCUACGUCUUACUAUUUUUCUCCAUUUUAAUUCUCCUGGUGAGCCACGUAAUAAUUUGGGUGGAGUGAGAAGAGUGCAGCAGCAUUCACAGAGCCCUCAUUUGGUGAAAACAGGCUGACCCUGUAUAUUAUAGCUUAUGGUGAAUAUCAUGAGUGGGAUAAAUCUGCUGGCAGAUUUCACAAAACUUCCUGGAACUUUACUCCCGGUAUUGUGUGGGCUGUUUUAGAAGUAGAAGGAUAAAAAAGAAAUCAUCGGUCUCACUAAACACAGAAACAGGAGCAAGAUGUUCAGUAAAUUAUUCAUGUUACUGUAGAGUGGCUUUGGCCAGUUUUAAAGGACCUGGUAGUAGGUGUUGGGCUAACUGGGUUUUCUGUCCAGCUAUGUCACUGACUUACGGUAAUCACUUUGUGCCUCAGUUUCUCCUCCGUAAAUGGGGAAUAAUGAUCCUUGCCUUUGUCUGUGAAUAUUUAUUGCAAUUAGGGCUCGUGUCUGAUUCUCCUGCAGCCCGGCGGAGCACACAGGAUCACUGAACUGUGUGGCUGCAGCCUCUCUCACUGAGUGAGCACUUAUGUACAGUGCGACUGAUCCAACAGAAGAAAUUCAGAGGCUAGCUUGAGAUCCGCAGUAUGUUGGUAGUCCAGGGCACUCGUUCCAGCAGAGAAAGCACAUUUGCAUCUAUUUGCCCUCCAGAUCUGAGACUCAUAUUGUAAAAUCUGCUCUCUUUUUCUACCAGCUUUAAAUCAGUAAAAGAGUCAUUUUAAAUGGGUAUUUCUAUCACCUGGUGCUCAGCCCUUUCUGUGUGGUAUGUGAGAGAAACACUGACGUGACGGCAAAGGUCAGAAUUAGUGACACAGGCCUUUGGCCCACGCUAUGGUCAAAAUGUGGCAGCUGUUCUCGUGCAGAGCAUGAUGUUGAUGGUGGUGUGUGAAAUGAGUCCUUCACACCUCAGAAAACAGCAGUUUUGAGGGGUCUGCUUCGCUCCGCUCCCAUCUCCAGCUUAUUAAUGUUGUUUGAUGCAGUUCCUUCAGGUUUAGGAUACUAUUUUGUAAACUACUACAAAGUGAAAUCUUCAAGAUAUUGCUCAGAGUUAUAACAUUAACCAGUCAUGCUUUCUGCCAUUUGCAAGUCGAUGUCCCUCUAGUGAGCUUGAUUGUUCCUAACGCACUGUUAUACUUAACGGGUUUUUAAAGUGAAAGUUAAAAUCAUGUUUUUUCUAGAAUAAACUGCAUGUAUGAUUUCUUUUUUGGUUUUCACUGCUGAGGCUUGAUUUAUCUAUACCUUAGGAAGCCUCAUGUGCAGCUCUAUAUUAAAGUAGCAAAUUUAAAAUACCCAAAUUAAGGAAAACUUUUGCUUUCACAAUGAAACUUACGAAUGGUAGUUUGGCAUAUUUUUUGUUGGUUAUUCUCAGAGCAUUAUAAAGCUGGACUAAUGUAAGGGAGAAAGGGAGAGAUGCUUUUGUAUUUUAAAGUGUUACUGGCUGGUUCAGUGUAUUAUUUUAAUUUCCGGUUUAUGUAUUUAUUUAGUUUUUAUUUUAAAGAAAAACUUAAUUUUCUUCUUUUUUUGGUAAUUUACUCAGAGUAAUUAAGCAUGCAUUUGAUAAAAUAUGUAUUUAUAGUGAUUGUGUAGUUAAAAUAUAUUUUGCAUUUCUGUAACUUUGCAUUGAGUGUUUCAGGAUAUUAAGUUUGUUCCUAAAAGACUACUGUUGAUUUCAGCUUAAAAAUCUGUUUAAGUUUUUGUGCACUUCAUCACCAAAAAGAUCAAGAGGUAUAUAUAGAACUAUUUAUUCAAAAAUAUAUGAGAUAUGAAGAUCGAAGAUCUUCUACGUUUGUUUAAUUAGAACUAUUUUAAAAUAAUUAUUUUAUUUAAAACUGUAAAUCUAUUUAAAGUCAAAGCAAUUUUUAAUAAGCGGUUCAAUUUAAAAUCCAUGGUCCAAAUCCUGGUACGGCAGCUUUGUGUUAUAUUCCCAGUGCAAAGAUUCGCUAACAUCAGCAGAACUGCCUACAAGAAGACCAUGAAAGGGUAGCACGCCACUUUACAACAUGCAUCUGAGAAAAAAUGAGUUCCCAGAUGUUCUGUGUAGCUCAGCUACCUUACACUGGUGCUGUAACAUGGAGCAUCUCUCCAGCCUUCCUGGCCUAUGCCGAGGUACUGCUCCUGCAAGGUGUCUCAGGAUUUGGGGGAGCAGAAGGAGCACAUUUGCACAGGCUGCCCAGCUCCUCAUCUGAGCUCUUCACUCCUCAGUUGCAGUUGAGGACUUGAGUCUGGAUCUAAUUUCCGUCGGCAUUCCUUUAUAAGAAGCGGAUAGUACUAACUCUUGCUUCGCCUGACAAUUCUGCUGGUACACGCAGUUUGGCUGGUCUGUACUACGUUAUCAGACUUGCAGCUACCAAUGUAAAAGAUGUGCUUUGUUUGAACACCAAGGAGUGUGCGGGUUGGCUUCGUGUUGGCAUUCCCAUGUGUUCUGUUCCUUCUUGAUUGCUAGUGACAUUGCUUCCACCUGGGUGGCCCGAGGGGUGAGGAUCUUAGGGAAAUCCGAGCUGAAAGUCGAUUUGAACGGUUAUCCUCAUCUGAGGAUUUUGUGGUAAAAUAGUGCUGAACAGCAGCUAGGAGUGAAAUAGGAAGCAAGGAGAGGGAAAAGGCUUUUUCUGCCCUUUGUGCAUCUGUAAAGCCUUCUGUGUGUAAGUUUUCAUUUACUCUCUUGCCUUCCCUGCCACUGUCUGUAUGGUUGUUCUGCUUGGCAGCAGAGGAAACAUUGUGCCAGUGUAAAAACGUUUGUAGCCAGUAGGAAAAUUCAGGGAAUGGUUCAGUGCUUGGCAGUAGUUAAAACUAAUUCCUUGAAGGUUGACUGGGAUGUCAUGGUGGUAGUUCAUCUUCAAAGAUGGAAGUUGUGGGCACUUAAUCACCUGCCGCACUCUACCAGAAACCCCGCCUUCCAGUUUAUUCAGUGAGUGUAGUUAUUUUUAGAAAGGUUCUUGUGAUGGAGCAAAACCAAGAAGACACUUUGUGUCCAUUCAGCAUAAGCUGCCAAAAAGAGCUUUCUGAUGACAUAAUGAGCACCCUCACCCCAAAUUACAUGAAGCACACCGAGAAAAGCACUAUGCUGCAGCAUAGCCACGCUGUACCGCAGGCUCGUUUUCAAGCAGUGUCAGUAAGGAAGCGUUUUCACAGCCGAGAUGUGCCAGGAGAAGCUUGUAAUCUAGACACAGCCCGUGUUUUAAGAUUUGUCCAGUAUCUUUGCUCUCAUGCUUGGAAAAUGCAUAGCACUGGUCUCACACAGCAGGAAGUAGCCUAACCAAAGGGAAGACUCUUGUUAGAGUUCUCUGGGAGGAAAGGGCAAGCUUGAAAUAUCAAAUGAGCAGAGUAGAUUGGAAGUCCAAGUUCUUGUGUGAUUGGGCAUUAUUCCACUCAAUAACCAAAGGGGAUGCUACCCUCCCAGGAAAAUAUCUUUGCCUACUUUGUACCAUAAUGUAAAACCAAGACCAUCUGAAAGGACUAAUAACCAUUUGUAACAAAUUUAACUUUAGCUACUUUUAGCAAAAGGAGUAAAUAAUUGUUUGAAACCAUCACCCAAGCUUGUAAUUUAAAUACUGUAGCAAAAAAAAAAUAAAAAUAAAAAAUGUCCCAAAGAAAAUAUAUGAACCUUUUUGGGUACUGUUAUUUUUAAAUAUAUGAAAACACUGAGAUGAUGUUCUGUGAAAUUCAAGUAGUAUCACCAAGGAGAAUUUUAUGAUCAAACCCAAACCAGAAGGGUAAAUGAGGAUAAAAUGCAUAAGGUUUUGUUUGGUUUUUGGUGAAAUGUAGGUUUCAUGGGUUUGUUGGUUGGUUUGUCUUUGUUUUAAUAGCUAAAUGAAAACCCAGCCUCUUCGCAGAGCAUGGUUUCUCUAGACAGCUGUGUUUAAAGUAAUGAAUUGUUACCUUACUUCUUUGCUCCAAAAGAAAGUAUUGGAUGGUAAGUUUCAGAAAUCCUAGGGUGGGUGACUUGCUAAGAGAUCACAGGCCGGUCCGCUUUUUGAGUUCAAUUGAACAAAACCAAAUCAACUCCAACUCCGCCCAGCCCAACCCAGCUGCCUCCGAUUUGAACAGGAGCGUGCCAACACUGCGUUUAGCAGCAUCCCCCUUCCUUGGCUCUUCCCCCAUGAGCCACCAAAUGAGGCCACCCAGGAUCUUAGACUGGCUGAAAAACUAGUGAAAUCCUACGAGGAAAUGAGUUGGUUUUGUUAAUCUUGUUCUGUUUUUGUCAUCUUUCUGUUUUAUAUUUUGUAACUAUUCUUCACAGCCAGAAAAGAGGAAAAGUAUAAUAAUGUAAAUGGAGGAAAAAAAAAAAGAGAUUUGUGUAUAAUUUCAUUGGAACUUGAGAUAACAUCUCAUAUAGCUACCUAAGGAAGCUUAAAGUAUUUCAUGUCUCUAAAGAGACAUUUAACUCAAACUUUAAAGAUCUAAUGAUCUUUAGGCAUUGCUUCUUUGAAGCUCUUUUUAUUAUUUGUGGGUUUUAUUAUUUUGGAUUAAAUGGCAUGGUAAUUCUUCUCUGGCUUAAUAAGAGCCUAGGGUUCAUUGUAUCCAACAUUGUACAAGAAUUGUGUUCAUCUCAUGAAGGAAGUGAUGAUGGGGAGUAGAUGCCUGCUUUGUUUUAAAGAGUAGCUCUGUGAUGGCUAAGCUGUUACAGAAUCGAUAUGGAAUUUCAGCCAAAGGUCUGAUUCUGCCCUUAGGCAUCUUGAGCUUGCUGUUAAUGACAAACAGGCUAAAAUUAAAAAUAAACAUGAAAAAUAAACAGGCACUACUGAAGCACACCCACAGUUUCAAAGGCACGGCUAACAUCAGACCUAAGUCCUCUAUUAAUCUAAAAUUGUUGAGCUGCACUUUCUUGAAAACAAGCUUGAAUCCAGCUUCACAUGACAGUAGGUCAGUCAGCUCUCCCCUUUUUCUUUCAGCCAAGAAACUGUCUGGCAGUAUCAUCUUUGAGCCAAAAUAGGCCCCGAUGUAGGACUCAUUUGCUAGGCUGUUGGGGAAGUUUUCCAGUAACGCUUUUGUCAAGUUACAGUUAAUGGUUGUGUCCAAUUUCAUUGCACAGCAUUGAAACUGAACUUAAGCCCCACAGUUGUGCUUUCAUAGGCUAAUCAUCUUUAAAGCCGUUAUCAAAAACAACUUUCAGAGUGAGAACUAUAGAUUUGUUUUUUUCUUCAGAAAGUGCCAUGUGCCUAGUACUGCAAUGAGAAAAUGUCACUGUUUUUUGCAGUUUUGCCGCAACACUGCUGGAUUUCACAAUUGCUGUUGGUAAUCCGUGGAAGCAGAGGCAAUGCAGCAUUUCCUACAGCGCAUCCCUGCAGCUGGUCGGUGCUCGUUCAGCUGUCCUCAGCGUGGCUUUCAUGAGAAAGACUUUGUUACAUCGCAAGUGGCGGUGAAAGCAGGUCUGUGCUAGAAGUCGAGCAACCUGAGCUCUGUGAGGCUACAGGAUUAGCAGGGGUAUUUUGAUAUGACUUUUCUGUGCUAGCUGAAUUCAGUGCACUGUAGAAAGGGCAGAGAAAAGAGAGCAAAAGGUUUGAAUCAUUAAAGAUCCGUGAAUUUCAGUAAGACAAAAUGUCAGCAUCUACCAUCGUAGAAGUUAGCAAAGUUGCUCCAAAAUGUCCCACUGCAAGUAGUAGGUAAAUGUAGAUUUGAAAAAGGUAGAAAGAAAAGAAAAAAGAAAGAAAAAAAACCUAUAUGCUGAGGAUUCCUAAUGGCAUUCCUAAUUCAAAGAUCUGAGUCUUUUAGGUACAAGUUGGUAAGUAAGGGGGGGAACUUCUCAAGAUUGUACAAAUGUUAUAGGCAAAGGGCUGCAGAAAACUUAGUAAAGACCUUUGAAAGAGGAUCAAAAAAUGUAUUGGUAAAAGAUGAAAAAUAUUUUGGAUAAUGGCAUCUACCAGGGGUGGUGUUUUUUCCAACUAGAUUUUAUAGAA